AUGCUCAUGGGCUUCAGACCGCUUCUAAGUCUUCUAGGUGUCGCAGCACACAUUCCAGGUCUCCUGGAGAAGAUCGACGUCGUACUGCCUACUUCCCCCGACGCCGCUGCCGUCGGCACAGCUGGGUCAGCCAAUCAACUCAUCAUAGAGCUCAUGGGCAGUAUAGCACAACUCAGGAACUGGCACAGUGGCUUUCUAGCGAACACCCUAGAACCAAUCUCCUGUCGACAGAGCGUAGAGCGCGAUCUCGGCGGCACCUACGAGUCGCUAUGGUACCCAAGCCUCGGUAUCGCCAACGUAUUCGUCUACUUCUGGGCUUUCCAGCUCCUCUGCCUCAAGGAGAUCCAGGGCCUCAUGAAACGGUUUCCAAAUCUAAAGCAUGUAGUGCAUGAUGAUGUGGCAUACAGCCCCGAAGCGUUGCGGGAGGAGUGCCUGGAUCUCAGUACUUGCAUUUACAAGAGCAUGGAGUAUCUGCUGCAGGAAGACUUUAUGCUGUAUGGUAUCUCGUCAGCUGGUUUUCCGUUGAGUAUGGCGUGUGAGGCGCUCCAGGCUGAUGCAGAUGGUCGAGCAAUCAUGGCGACGCUGGACCAGUCGAUUAUUACUCGGGCCAGACUGAGGAACCUAUGA